AUGAGGUUCACAAGAAGUGCUGCAGUGCUGAAGAAAUUUGGGCCUCCUGAGGCAGUGCAAACUGCUAAACUCUGUGAAAAAAUGGACGCCUUUUUUUAUUGUCUCAACGUGCGCAGCACUACGGAGCAUCAAAGGAAGCGUAAGCCAUUCCUUGCACCAUACAGAUCUGGUAAUGACGAGAGGUUCCAGUUCCUCAUCAACUUCCUGGAGUAUCUAAGGCUGUGGAAAGAAAGUACCGAGACCAGACCAGGGAACUUUACCCAGAACGCAAGAAACCGUAUGUUCGUGUCCUGGCAGACACACGAGGGCAUCAAGAUGACGGCUCAUUCAGCUAUUGAGGCCACCAAGUUUCUUCUCCUGGAAGGUACAGAGUUCGUGCUCACUGAACGGUUUUGUCAAGACCCACUGGAAGAAUACUUUGGCAAUCAGCGUAAACUCAGGAGGCGUAGUGACAAUCCUGACAUCCAUGCAUUUGGGUACAAUGCCAACAUCCUCAGAAUUCAGAGAACAGUCUCCUGUCAAAGUGGAAACACCCGAGGCCGGAAAGGCAAACGCAGAGCAUGGGAACAAAUCACUGAUGAGCCCUUGCCAUGCUGGAAAAAACCAAAACUUUGA